UCAUUUUUCUCUCGGAUGGUUCGUGAGGGUAUGAUCCAAUAUGAUAAGGACAUGCCUGCCCUUCGGGUGCAGUUCAUGACCGACCGGAGUGUGGCGAAUGGCAUGGAGGUAAUCAGGAAAGCAACGUCAAAGCCUGGUUUGAAGUUGCUGCGGCACCUGACAAUCGUUCCAGCGGACAACUUGAAAGAUGCAGAACGACACUGCGCCUUGGUGAGCCUCCCAUCAGCUUGCAAGGAAAAUUUACUGCAGUGGUGUGUCAUCAACGAGGUAUGUCUGCCCUCUCUCCAUUUUGACUCUUUCUGCUGCUGGUACCAUGACACUAAACAAGUGUUGACAUUUUUUGUUUCUUUUCGCAGGAACCAACAACUGAGGGAACAAUGCUCCGCCUGGUCCCUCAUGACACCUCUAUCUUUGUUGGGGAGUGCCAGAUGGAGGUGUGGACCUACGGGCAAGUGCUCUGCAGAACCAGCCCUGGUCAUGGCCUCACCCUCAGUGACGGCAUUGACGCCAUGAUCGUGGCGAAUAUGCUGUUUGACACGAAGGAGGAGCUUAAGUGUGUGGGCACUUGGCGGUUUGCGCAGGAAAUAAUUUAUAAAUAGCAGAUUUUUGCUUGUAGAUCCACAAACACUUGCUAGUGGGGAGAAGUCCAAACACUUGCUUGUAGAUUCACAAGAACCAACGUUACUGUGUAUGGGUUCCAUGUGAUGAACCGUGUGGAGGGUAGCAGCAACAGGCUUCUCCACAUGUGCCUCAUCUGUGGCAAAGUUCUCACCUGCAAGGUGGCUGACCACUACGCCACUGGUCUCCACCGUCACCAAAACGUGGAUCCGGAC